CCUUUGUCUUUCUUCCCAAUAAACUGCAAAACCCAGAAGCCCUCUUUCACUCGUGUCUACUUUUCACUUAAAAACCCAAAAUGCAUUCUGAAAUUGACGAUCUUUCGGGCAAUGUUCUUGAUAAUUUUCAAAACCCUCAUGUUUUUCUUUUUGAGAUCUGAUACCCAUUGUUCGAUCUAUUCAGAAAACCCCAAAUAAUCAUCUAUGAAUACCGAUCAAGAAAUCUUGAAGAAUUUGGAAAAAUCGGGUCUUGAUGAACUCGACUGGUCGCUAAAUCUCAACGAAUUCGAACUGAGUCUAAUUCGCGAGAUUAUCCCCGACGGCGACAUCGCCACGGUACUAGAACACCACCAAUCAAAAUCGCCAGAAAAUCCAACAAAUUUUCCGUCAAUGGAUGCAACUGCAACUGGUGGAAAGGAUUACCGACCUCCGCCAUCAUCACUGCCGGAAAAGAGGUACAGAGGCGUCAUGCCACGGCGAUCAGGAAAAUUCUCGGCUGAGAUACAUUCACGAAAUCUGGAGAAUAAAGGUAAGAGGUUGUGGCUGGGUACGUACGAUACGGCGGAGGAAGCUGCUAUGGCGUACGAUCGAGCAGCUUUUAAGGAACGUGGAUCAGAUGCCUUUCUCAACUUCCCGGAUUUGAUCGGAAACCUAAAUGUAAGCCCUGAAAAAGAUACCAACAAGAAACUAUAUCGCUGUGGUCGGAGGGUUCACCGGAAGCGUCAACAAACAACCACCUGAAGCGGAAAAGCGUCGAUUUUUAAUGGUUAUUUUUUAUCUGAAAAACAUGUAGAAAAGAGUUUAUGCCGAACUAAUUUUAGAUCAGGAACCUAAAUUGAAUAUACUUAAAGUAUUGGAUGAA